GGCGUCACUGGGAGGAGCCGAAUCAAGAGCGCUCCGGUAAUCCUAUAAAUAAGCGGGACUGGUGGCCGGGCAGGGGAAAAGCCGGGCACCGGAGCGCUGCAGGAGAGCCUUGGGGGUUGGGGGGCAGCAGGAGCGCCGCUCGCUCGCUCGCUCAUUCGCGAUCCGAGUCACCCAGUGGGCAGUUUCGAGGCUCGCAGCCGGACCCUCCACUCCAACCCAUCUCUCCCCGCGGGAGGAAAGGAAGGAGGUAAGGAAAGGCAGCUUGCUUGCCCGGGGUCAGCGUGGUGCGCCGCUGGCUUUGCGCUCGUGGGUCCGCGCGGAUAUCGUAGGUAAGAGGCGCCGGCAUGCCCACCCGCUCCACAUCGCCACCAGGGGGCGCCGUUGCCGCUGGAUUGGCCGCAGCGGCUCUUUAGCUUGCUUACUUCGGAGCAGCCACCCCCGUUGCAACGCUUACUCCGAAGCAAGCCCCCCCUCUUCCUCUCGCCUGCCCCGGCCGAAGGCAGAGGGAGGCAUUGAGGGUUUUGCGUGCGCGCCUCUUGCGAAGUUGAAUUUGCGAUGGUCAAAGGCAGCUGUCCUGCUCCGGGGUGCUCCAAAGCUCCCCUGCUCCCCGCCAUCCCCAAAAGCGGGGCAAGGAGUUGAGAAGCGGCGGAGGCGGCUGCCGGGCCAGGUAAGCGCCACAGUCCGUCGCGCCUUUAAGAGAGCGGGCAGAAAGUAGCCCGAAGACUUGGAGAAGAAGCGCUUGCACGGGGCAGGUGUGAUGGCUCAGUUGGUUCCGGAGCGGCCGCACGAGGUUCGCAGCUCGGCCGCCAGAAGCGCGUUUCUCUUCUCUCCUCGCCUCUCGCCGGACUUGGCGGAUCGUCUCCAGCUGCCUGCAUCCCACCGUGCGGACCAAACCUGGUUCCGGGACAAACCAGGACACGACCACAGCCUCACCGCCGUGGUGGGUCUGAGAGCAUGCUCUGUGCUUGGAAGGAUGGACGCCUCUCCGUCGUCACUCAAACAAGCCGGAAAGGAAAGUGUUGAAGGAGCUAAACUGAAAAGCUGGGCCAAAAUGUUCCUGGGUGUGGCCAAGGAAGCAUACUGGAAGUCUGUGGCAAAAAGACUUCUGGUUUGGACACAUGCUUGACUGCUUGACUGUCGCAACUCUAAAAGGUUUUGGAGGAGCUGUGACCUUGUUUGGAUUCUUGGUGCCAUGUCUGCUCAGAUGAUGGUUGUAGAGCCAUUUUGAAAACUCAGCUUCUUGUAGAUGAAAGUAAGAAGCUCUGGGAAUUCCAUGCCAUGAAGCAGCUGUGGCAGUUGGAGAUUCUUCAGCCCAGAAAGUAAUCCUGGAGUCAAGACUUCUUCUUAAGAACUUUCUGUGUAGCAAAUUCAUCCUGCAUCUACAGUAAGACUUACUCCGGGAUGUUGUGAACCUCCUCGGAAAGUGAGAUAGUUUUCAUUAAAGAAGAUGCAUUGCCCUUCCCAAGGAAGGAUAUAACAUGGUUGACCAUAGCAACAAAAGUCUUAAAACCCGUGAAGACGUUCACUUUGGAGUCAGCGCUUCCGGUGGCUGGAGCAAUGGUGUUUCUUUCUGCUCUCGUAUCAAGGAGUACCCAUUAUAGUUUUGAAGUGUUGAAUCAUUCUGGAUCUGAUGAACGAAGUGACCAGUUGGUGAAAUCAUCACCUACUCCAUGUUUCCAGCUGAAAGACAAGUUCAUACUGCUAUCCUGCCCUGAAAGCCGGAUCAGCCAAAUGAAAAUUAAUGAUGAAAGCCGCCGUCAGGAAGUAACUCCUUCUGUCUUCGUUGGCAAAGAUCACAGCGUUGGAUCUUGGGGAGGACAAAACAGCUCCGGAGAGAGAGGCGCCAAUGGUGUAUUCAGGACACUGCCCUGAAAUAAGUUGGUGUCAGGAAUAAACAUUCAAAUGAUGUACACGUGGAUCUGAAUUUAAUUUCUCAGGAUGGCAGAGAUAGAAAACCAUGCCAAGGUGGAUUUUGAUAAGGUUUGCAGAAGCCGAAGAAGAUAAACAGACCAUGAUGUACCUGGCCAUCGGAAUACUUUCUGUUUUAUUAACGGUCCCUGCUCAACAUAUGGGAAUAGUCCCAUCUUGUCCCCAUUUGGAUCCAGAAUUGAAACUCUGGCAGCCAGGACAUGACGAAGGGAAUCGCGUGAACAUUAGCCAAGGCCAAAAGCUUCUCUUAUCUUCUUCUGCCACUGUUCACUCCAUUGACAUCACAAAUGGAGGAAAACUAGUGAUUAAAGAUAACACAGCCCCUAUUGUUCUGCGCACUCGUCAUAUACGGAUAGAAAAUGAUGGAGAACUACAUAUCGGGAGUGAGAACUGCCCUUUCCGGAGCAGUCUGACAAUCAUCUUAUAUGGACGGGCUGAUGAUGGCAGUCCACCUGACAGUUACUUUGGGCGAAAGUUCAUUGGCGUCAUUGACGGCGGGACUCUUGAGGUUCAUGGUGAGCGAAAGCUGUCCUGGACUUUCUUAAACAAGACUCUGAAUCCAGGGGGAUUGGAAGAAGGGGGCUAUUACUUCGAACGAAGCUGGGGGCAUCGUGGGAUCAUCGUCCAUGUCAUUGAUCCCAAGACUGCAGCUGUCAUCCAUUCUGAUCGAUUUGACACCUACAAACUCAAAAGCGAAAGCCUCCGCUUUGUGCACUAUUUGAACGCUGUGGAGGACGGCAUGAUCUUGUCGAUCGCGGUCAAUGACGAAGGCUCCAAGAAUUUGGAUGACUUGGCCAGGAAAGCAAUGACCAAACUGGGCAGCAAGCGUUUCCUCCACCUUGGCUUUAGGCAUCCCUGGAGCUUCAUUACAGUCAAAGGAAAACCUUUGUCAUCUGUUGAAGAUCAUGUUGAAUAUCAAGGACGCAAAAGUUCAGCUCGUGCCAAAGUAUUCAAAUUGUUCCAGGCUGAAAACGGAGAGCGUUUCAAUGUGUCUUCAACCAGUGAAUGGGUUCAAGAUGUUGAGUGGACUGAGUGGUUUGAGAAGCCAAAAAUAUCAAAGUCCAAAGAUGGAGAGAGACUCUCAGACUUGAGAGCUGCUCACCCAGAAAUCUGCGAUCAUCCUGUGGAUCUCCAGGCGGUCACACUUGAGGGAACGAAACUGGCAACUGAGGUCCUAUACAAAAAAGGCCAUGAUUAUAGGUUUUUUUGCCGUGGCCCAGAGCAGACGGAGAAAGGCUGUCAUAACUACAGAGUUCGCUUCUUAUGCGGCCAACCUGCAAGACCCAAGCUUACCAUGCAGGUAGAUACCAACGUGAACAGUACAAUCCUGAGGCUGGCUGACAACGCGCAGUCGUGGAAGGUGGGAGACAAGAUCGUGGUGGCCAGCACUGACUACUCCAUGUACCAAGCUGAAGAGUUUGAGAUCCUGCCCUGCAGAGCCUGUAAGCCCAACGAAGUCAAAGUGGCAGGAAAAGCCAACUACCUUCACACAGGAGAGAUAAUCGACGGAGUUGACAUGCGAGCGGAAGUCGGGCUGCUAACCCGGAACAUUCUGGUGAAGGGAGAGAUGGAGAGGAGAUGUUACAAUUAUAAUGCCCAUCUGUGCUCCUUCUUCGAUUUUGAUACUUUUGGUGGCCACAUCAAGAUUGGACUUGGAUUUAAAUCGGUCCACAUGGAAGGCGUGGAGCUGAAGCAUAUGGGUCAGCAAUUGCUGGGACACUACCCAAUUCAUUUCCACAUGGCUGAAGAUGUGGAUGAGAAGGGAGGCUACCAGCCCCCUACCUAUGUGAAAGAUAUGUCUAUCCAUCACACCUUCUCUCGUUGUGUCACCGUGCAUGGCUCCAACGGUUUGCUGAUCAAAGACGUGGUUGGGUAUGACUCGUUGGGCCAUUGCUUCUUCACUGAAGAUGGGCCUGAAGUACGUAAUACCUUUGAUCACUGCCUCGGACUUGUGGUGAAACCAGGCACUUUGCUACCAUCCGACCGGGACACGAGAAUGUGCAAGAUCAUUACUGAAGAUGCUUAUCCAGGAUAUGUCCCAAAACCUAGACAGGAUUGCAAUGCCGUAUCAACUUUCUGGCUGGCAAACCCCCACAACAACCUCAUAAAUUGCGCAGCUGCAGGAUCGGAAGAAACAGGAUUUUGGUUUGUGUUACAUCACGUACCAACAGGACUUUCUGUCGGAAUGUACCCACCUGGCUAUUCGGAACACAUUCCAAUGGGCUCAUUUUACAACAAUCGGGCCCACUCCAACUACAGAGCUGGAAUGAUAAUUGAUAAUGGAGUCAAAACAACGCCAGCAUCAGCCAAAGACAAACGGCCAAUCCUGACUCUGAUUUCUGGAAGAUACAGCCCACACCAGGAUGCUGAUCCUUUGAAGCCCAGGGAGCCAGCUCUCAUUCAACGUUUCAUCGCUUACAAGAACCAGGACCAUGGAGCUUGGUUGAGAGGAGGCGAUGUGUGGUUGGACAACUGCCAGUUUGCCGACAAUGGGAUUGGCCUCACUCUGGCUAGUGGAGGAACCUUCCCGCAUGACGACGGAUCAAAACAAGAAAUUAAAAACAGCCUUUUUGUGGGUGAAAGUGGAAACACAGGAACUGAAACUAUGAACAACAACAUCUGGGGGCCUGGAGGAUUAGACCACAGUGGACGGACUUUACCCAUUGGACAGAAUUUCCCAAUCAGAGGCAUCCAGUUCUAUGAUGGACCAAUCAAUGUUCAGAAUUGCACUUUCCGAAAAUUUGCUGCACUGGAAGGCCGACAUACCAGUGCUCUGGCUUUCCGCCUGAACAACGCCUGGCAAAGUUGCCCCAACAACAACGUUACAAAUUUGUUCUUCGAAGAUGUCCCGAUUUCCUCCAGAGUUUUCUUCGGAGAACCUGGGCCUUGGUUCAAUGGGCUGGACAUGGAUGGCGAUAAAACAUCCGUUUUCCACGAUGUGGAUGGCUCUGUGUCAGAAUAUCCUGGAUCAUACCUGAUCAAGGAGGACAAUUGGCUCAUUAAGCAUCGAGACUGCAUUGAAGUUCCAGACUGGAGAGGAUCCAUCUGCAGUGGACGCUACGCACAGGUGUACAUCCAAGCAUAUAAAUCCUCCAAUCUGAAGAUGAAAAUCAUCAAAAAUGACUUCUAUACCCACCCCUUGUAUCUAGAAGGCGCCCUGAGCAAAAGUACCCAUUAUCAACAAUAUCAGCCUGUGAUCACUCUGCAGAAAGGCUACACCAUCCACUGGGACAAGGCAGCUCCUGAGGAAUUGGCUAUCUGGCUCAUCAAUUUCAAUAAGAACGACUGGAUCCAAGUUGGAUUUUGUUAUCCUAAAGGGACAACAUUUUCCAUUCUCUCAGAUAUUCACAAUCGCCUUUUGAAGAAAACCUACAAAACGGGCGUGUUUUACCCAGCUCUUCAAAUGGACAAACUUGAAUAUCGAUAUCCUACCAAAGGCUACUACUACUGGGAUGAAGACACUGGGUUGUUAUUUCUCAAACUCAAAGCUCAGCACGAGAAGGAGCCAUUUGCUUUCUGUUCCAACCGAGGCUGUGAACGGAUCAGGAUCAAAGCCAAUAUCCCUAAGCAAACUGGUACCAGUGACUGUGAAGCUCUAGCUUAUCCAAAAUAUGCCGAGAAGCCAACAGUGGACGUGCCAAUGCCCAAAAAACUGCCUAGUGCACACAUGAUCAAGAAGGAUCAUUUCGUAGAGCUGAAGAUAGACAGCUACAAGACCAAAUAUUACCAUCUCAAGGAUGACUUUGCCUAUAUCUCAGUUGAUGGCAAGCCAUUCUAUCUUUCUGAAGAGGGUAUUCAAGUAGUCGUGAUUGAUGGUCACGAAGGAAAAGUUGUUGACCGGAUGAGUUUCAAAAAUUUUAUUCUGCAAGGAAUCCCAGCGCAGAUCAUCAAUUACGUCAACAACAUUCGGAACAAUUCUAUAGUGGUGAUGACCUCAAAAGGAAGGUUUGUUUCAAAAAGUCCAUGGACCAAAGUCCUGGAGACGCUUGGAGCAAAACCCGGCUUUAAAUUGAAAGAUAAAAUGGCUUUUGUCGGCUACAAGGGCACUUUCCAGCCUUUCUGGAUCAAGCUGGAGACCGAUGAGGAGGCCGUGAGGAUCUUUCAAGCGCUGCCGGUUCCUGUGGUCAAGAAAAUGAAACUCUGAGGAAGCGUCUCCUCUUUCAAAACGCCCUCCAGAGGAAAAGGAUGAGAGGCACAGUGGCUCUUCUAAGAUGUAAUAUAUUUUGUUGCUGUACAUAAGAGAGAAGUUACUGUAAAUAAGCCUUCGCCUUGAACAAUCCACAUUCCUCGACCGAAUGAGUCCACUUUGGUUUGAUCCGUUUUGAUUAACUAAGAGAUUUCCCUGAACUGCCAACAAGUUCAGGGCAACAGGUCUCAUUUUCGUCUCAUUUCUACGAAGCCACCAUGGCCACCUCGUGAUUUGAUUCGUGGGUCACUGUGGUCCUGAAUUAAUUGGACGUACGGAAGAUCCUUCUUCUUCUUCUACUUCUACUUCUUCUUCUUCUCCAAUUCAACCUUUCACUCGUCUUGAAUGUUCAAACGCAGACUCAGGAAACAUAUCCCAUUUUUACGUGGUACUGCUGGCUUUGUAAAUAAGGAAGUGUAAGCUAAAGUCGAUGUGCACAGUUUAGCAAGAACUACCCAAUGUCAGAGCCCGUCAGUUUUGCUAGGCUGGUCAAUGGGCGCUGCAAAGGGUGGACGAGAGGGGAGUUUUACAGACGGAGUUUCAUGUUUCAUUCAAAUACUAGAAUAGCCUUAAGCUUUACUGAUUACAUUAAAGCUAUUACUGAGAUUGGUGGGAAGUCUCACACAAGACAAUGAGGAUUCAGUCUUAGGAAAUUGUGCUUUAUGAAACAAUUACUCUGAAUGUUACAGGAUAUAUUUGGCUAAAGAGGAAGGCCUGUCCUUUUGCCCAGCCUGAAAGAUGCUACUUCUUCCCUCGUACGCAUAUUCGAAUAAUUGAAACUAUAUUGAGCUAUGGGCAAACAGGGUUAUGUAUACGUUCCCAGCCCCUGUUCCUGGAUCAGAAAGUUUCAAACUUCAACAGCCAUCAAAGCGGGAAUAUUGUACAAUAACGAUAGUCCUUAAGGGCGAUUUCAAACAAGAAUCUCCAGCCUCUGCCCUUCUGUACAGGUAGUCCUCGACUUACGAUCACAACGGAGUCCAAAAUUUCUGUUACUAAAUGGUAGUCCUCGACUUAUGGCCACAAUGGAGUCCAAAAUUUCUGUUGCUAAGUGAGACAUUUGUUAAGGGAAUUUUGCCCCAUUCUACCACCUUUCUUGACAUAAUUGUUAAGUGAAUCACUGCAGUUGUUGAGUGAGCAACAUGGUGGUUAAGAGAAUCUGACUUUGCUUGUCAGGUCACAAAGGGGAUCGCAUGACUCCAAGACACUGCGGCCGUCAUAAAUAUGAACCAGUUGCCAAGCAUCCAAAUUUUGAUCACGUGAUCACGGGGAUGCUGCAAUGGUCAUAUGUGUGAAAAGCGGUCGUAAGUCACAUUUUUCGGUGCCGCCGUAACUUUGGUCACUAGACGAACGAUUGUUAAGUCGAGGGCUACUUGUAAAUUAAGAGUGACAUUUUAAGGUUUCUGCUAUUCAACUCACCAUUUAUGUUCUAUGAACCGUGACUUUUCCAAAACUAUAUCCACAAGUUGUAGAUAUAAUUUCGGAAAUUAUGUCCACAAGCCUACAUUCAACAGUCAGCUUUACAUGAUCUUUUGUUUUUUUUGUGCGUAUGUCAGUUCAGAUCUUUUACCCGAAAUAGCUGGUCCUUUUUCGGAACAAGAUGUAUAGCGUUUUGUAUAUUUUCUAAAAAAAACAAACAAAAAAACUGAUGGGGGAAUGAUAUAUUUAUUUAUUGCAAAGGCACUAAAAGGGUUAUAACGGAAGAGAGCAAAGAUGUUACAAGGGGGAGGAAGGGGGAGGUUGCCAAAAAGUUAAAAAAAAAAGUGGGAAAUACUCUCUUUGCAGUUGAAAUUUUUUAAAUGGCCGCAGAUGUGGCACCCUGUCUCUUGGCAGAAAUCUUUUUUUUUUUAGUACGAUAAACCUCUUGUUUCCAAAUGUUUUCAAUUGCAACUUAACAUUUUGUGGUUUGGAAUACACAAUUUAUUGAAAUAAAAUUUCAGUGCAAUUUGUCGAUUGUUUAUCCCGGUUUGGCGACUUUAUGAUGCUAAAAUACUAAGACACCUUUCAUCCCAUUCACUACUAGUAAAAAAUGUGUUUAUUUUUUGUGCUUGAUCUAUGUAUAAAGGUAAAGGUUCCCCUCGCACAUAUGUGCUGGUCAUUCCCGACUCUAGGGGGCGGUGCUCAUCUCCGUUUCAAAGCUGAAGAGUCAGCGCUGUCCGAAGACGUCUCUGUGGUCAUGUGACCGGCAUGACUCAAUGCCAAAGGCGCACGGAACGCUGUUCCCUUCCCACCAAAGGUGGUCCCUAUUUUUUCUAGUUGCAUUUUUUACGUGCUUUCGAACUGCUAGGUUGGCAGAAGCUGAGACAAGUAACGGAAACUCACCCCGUUACGCGGCAGUAGGGAUUUGAACCGCUGAACUGCCGACCUUUCGAUCGACAAGCUCAGCGCCUUAGCCCCUGAGCCACCGCGUUUAUAUAUAUAAAACAUCCCUUAAAAAGCUUUUUUAAAAAAACCUAACAUGCCAGAGCAAAAGUAUCAAGAGCGUUUCUCACCAUUUGGGUGAAGGACAAGUUUAAAAAGCCAUCCAGAGUCAUCUUAUAGGGAAAAUAAGCAGCAUAAAAUUUAAUAAAGUAAACAAGUAAAAAAAUAAUAAAAAGCUGCAUUCUGGGACCUUCUUCCAAGCAGUUGGUGAAAAUAUGGAAUACAACCCACAACCUUCACCCUGGUUCUAUGUAAACUACAGUCCUAUUCACUGUUUACUUAGAUGUGACUCAUCUCUACAUUCCAAUUCCCAAACAGUUAAAAUUCCCUUUGGUAUUUUAAAGCAAUCUACAUAAGCAAACUCUUCCCCAAUCUUCCUGGUCUGUGCCCCUAAUGGAAAAAAAAAAUAUUUUGAAAAACAAAACGGCUAAAACGUUGCCGAGAAGCAGCUCGUAUUUCCCAACAAUGACGUCCCGUUAAAUCCUCGCUGUGGCUGGAUUUGCACAACAGGCAUUGCUAGAAUAUGGUACUAUCCUGGUUUGUACGUCACCAUCUUAUGCAAGCCUAAACAACUGGGUUAACUUGGUGAAUUUGAUUUAGUCAACCGUAGGCAGAGAAGCAGAGAAGCUGGGUCAACGCAAGCUAAUACAGAUUUUCUAUUUAUCUUAUGCUUGCUCUCCCUCUAGUGGAGUUCUUCAGUCUAAGCCAGGGGUCUCCGACCUUGGUCCCUUUAAGACUUGUGAACUUCAACUCCCAGAGUUUCUCAGCCAGCUUUGCUGGCUGAGGGACUCUGGGAGUUGAAGUCCACAAGUCUUAAAGGGACCAAGGUUGGAGACCCCUGGUCUAAGCUGGCAAACAUUUCUGAGCUCUCUCAAAGGUGCUUCUUUCCUUCAAAAGGCAACUGGACUGUUUUUUGCCUUGAGGAAGAAGGAAAAAAAAAACAUUUCACUUCUCAUCCAAGAAGCUUCAUCAGUUUUGACAGCAGGGGGGGGGAUCAAGGAUAAAAUGAAUAUGCAUAAAAUAGGUUAAUAGCUCUAAAUAGUGACCACAUGAUCUUUGACCCUGGAAGCUAUUUAUUGGUACUACCUGUAAACAAAAAAAGGCUGAUGCUCUUGUUAUGCAUUUCAUAAUAUAGAAAAUAAAGUGUACAGGUAGUCUUAAGUUUUAACAACUGCCUUGCUUACUCACCUUUUCGUACCGUUUCAACAGCGAUGAAAACGUACCAUAUUUUUGGAGUAUAAGAUGCACUAAAGUAUAAGUCGCACCAAGAUUUCAAAGAGGAAAACCAAGGGAAAAAAAAAGGUUUUAGCCUCCCUGCAUCCGGUUUUUGCCCUCCCCGGCCCCAAGGAGAACUCUGCAGGCCUCCCAAACCCUGUGCGCAUCCUGUUUUUGCGAAAAACGGAACAUGUGCGGGGUAUAUGUGUUUUCGGGAGGCCAAAAAUGGCCGUAUUCAGUCUAUAAGACACACCGACAUUUCCACCCUCUUUUAAGGGGGGAAAAAGUGUCUUAUACUCGGAAAAGUAUGGUAACUUUACAUUCCAACUUCAUUUUGUAUUUUAUUCCAAUCUCAUUUUAAAUUGUUUUUAUCAGAUUUUAGCAAUAAUCUGUGUUUGGAACUCUGCACUUGGAUAUGGCCUAUGGGCUAAUCAAUAAAUUAUGUAUGUUAUGUAACUGUCCAACCAAUCCUUACCUUUCCAACCAUCCCAGGUCUAUAAAGCAAGGGAAAGCUGAAGGAAGAUCAUAAGCAGUAAGCAAAUGACCGCUUCUUUUAACAACCAAGUUGCUCGUCCCAAUUAUGAUCGCUAAACAAUGACUACCUACAUUUCCACUCCUGUCCCCUUCAAAUACGUUGGUGCCUCUGUGCAUCUCUCACACCCCCAACAUAGCUUAAAGAACUGCAGGACAGGCAGAGAAAUCUUCAUUAAAAGUUUGUACAUUUAAAUCACUAUCGAGAUUCUCAAUCAUCCAGGUCAUGGUUGUCACAAAGGUACUGGACUUUUUUUUUUUCUUUGAAAAUGUUUUGCUUCUCAUCUAAGAAGCUUCUUCAAUUAGAAGAAACAUUUGCAAAGAAAAAACCAAGAGAGCCCAGUUGCUUUUUUGGAAAAAGCACCUUUGAGAAGUUUGCACAUCUAUUUCAGAAAUUUGUUGGCAGUAUGCCACUUGAAAGCACUUUAUGUAUUCGUUAAUGUGUUGAAACUGCUUUUUUUGGCUACCUUACAUCACCCCAUUUUUCCUUCCCUCGGUGAAAACUAAUUGAUAAAAGUUUUGUACUGGAACUGAGGAUUUGGAAUCUCAUUUCACAAAUAACUCCAAAAUAGCCGACAAUAAAUUUUAUCUGUCAUGCAAAUAAGCCAUCAGGCAUCUUUCUAAAUCUUGCCUAAAUCUUGACUCAUGCUGGGUCUCAAAAAAAACCCCAAAAUAAAAUACAAAGCCCAAGUAUUUUGCCUUUCUUUAAACAGCACCAUUUCAUCCACAGGAUAAAUCUUUUAAACUGCUGUCACAAAAAUGCACCUACUUGUCCUUGUUCUUGCAAGCCGAAUGCCAGAAAAACUCUUUUCAAAACGAAAUCAAGAAGGGGAAGGGGAAGAUGGAAGGAGGAAGCAGAUGAAUGUAACAUCAAGGAAUAAACAGUAAAUUAUCACUCCAAUCGUCCUCCGAAGUUCAAAGCAGCAAAGCUUUUAUAGAACAACCUUGGCAUGUAAAAUGUCAGUUUGUUAAAACAGGCCUAGCUUCUGGAAGAGAUUUGCACAUUAC